AUGGGGGAAUUAUCGGAUUUAUUGGGAUCGAGGGAGAUCACAUGUCUCCGUGUGUCGUUUGCAGUCCAACGGUUCAAGAAGCGUGGAGAGAACUUCUCACAACAGCUUGCCUACCGCACCAACCUUCGAAAAGCCAGUCUCAACUCGAACCUUGUCUCACGGAUUGGCAUUCGAUCCAAACCUCCUCCUUUUGAACGAGUCUAUACCAAACUUUCCGCAAGCCAGGGGCAUCCGUUGCACACUAAUCUAUCUAGAUAUAAAGGCGAACCCUAGCACCUCUAUUCCGCCCGCGAGCACCGCCACAGACUUGCGUCUCGGUUCAUUCCGCUUUGCCACACACGUCUGCGUUGCAAACCACACGCCUUGACUAAUUCCUGACCAUGGCUUUCAUCACCGGUCCAGCCCUCCCCACGCGCUCCGCCGCGCCAACAAAGGCCACCUGGAUCUGCAGUGCCUCCCAGCAGCCCGUGUCGCGCCGCUCUUUGCUCACAACCGGAGCCACCGCCGCUGCCGCGCUUCUUGCUGCGGCAGCCCUCCCCGCCCCGGCCUCUGCCGACAAUGCUCGCGGGCUCGAGCGUGCAUUCAGCAAGGUGCUCUUCCCGAAGACAGGAUUCAACGCGCCAGAUUCGCAAGUCAACUCGUCCAACGUUAAUAAGGCCAUACUGUCCUCAAGUGACGGGAAGGCGGCGCUGUCGAAGAUUGAAGCCUAUUCCAAGGGCAUUUCUGAUCUCUACACUUCGUUCAAGCUUAACCCUCAGCUUGAACUUUCGGACCCGGUCAGGAAAUUGAUCAGCAUUUCAGCUUUGAGGAAUGCAUUGAAUGUUAUCAAUGAAGCUAUCGAUGAGGAUGGCCAGACCCGGACCGAUAAGGUUGUCCGCGGUAUUAUUCAAGACAUUGGCGAGCUCGAAAAUGUUUCCUACGUGAAGAAGGGCGCUGCUAGGACACCAAAGAAGAUCGAAAGGACCAAUGAUUGGUUCGAAAAGGUUACACGUGACUUCACUCGGCUGCUCUCGUUCUACUCGUAAGCUUUGUAAGUAAAUUGCAACUCGAUGAGUUCCUUUUGUAUGGUGUAUCGGCCAGUCAAA